GCCGAUUAGUGGGUUUGGAAGUAACGGGACGUUCCCGAAGUCGGGUACAUCAUACCUACCUACCUACAUAGUAUAUACAUACAUCCUUACCUUUAAGGACCUAACAAUCUGUUUACGUAAUCAUUAACUAGUUGAACCUCGACUUUUACACUUUCGACCUUUGUAAUCAUCCUCGAUAUCAUGACGCCUGACGAAAUCCAAGACCUAUUUAACAACAUUCCCCAAGAUGAGGAGUCGAGGGUCCAAGCGCUGGAAGAGCUUCUUAGCACCGCGCGGAGACUACAAGAAACCAAGUCCCCUGAGCUCCAGGUCUUAGCAGAGCAGAUAGGGAACGGUAGUCGAGAAGAGCGAUGGAGAAUCCCACUUGGAAGAUCCGGUCUGCUAGACUUCUUCCUGGGCUUAAUUAAGGGGGAUGAGCUAGAUCCGGACCUGGCAACUCAUACUCUCCGGGUAACAGGGAACUCCUGCGCAGAUCAAGAUGAGAAUCGGCAACGAGUCGUCGACUCGGGUUGUCUCCCUCAGCUGGUGAAAUUGCUGACACACGAUUCUUUACUCCAAGUCGCCAUCCCGGUUUUAUUUAAUAUAUGUGUUGAUUACGAACCGGCUCAGGCAGCCGCUUCUAAAGCCCACCUGGGAAUAUAUCUAAUCGACCUCAUUCAGACUCGUCCGUUACAAGAAAAGGCACUGCCAUACAUGAAUAUCAUCUACAAGUUGCUAGGCAUGGCAGUGGCUCAAGAAUUCGAGCCCGACUUAAUAAACCCUCAAGCACCGUAUCUCCUUUUAUCGCAAGCCACCCUAGAUGCUUCUGAACGAGGAUUUCCAGAUUUCGACGGCUUCCUAGGACUGUCUUCAGCCGCAUUAGCAUACCUCUCUCAUCAAAAGCUCCAAGACAGCUUCCUCGAGACCCCUGGCGCCGUUGCCGUAUUCAUAUCAGCUUUUCAAAGAGCUACUAAGGGCGUUUCUGUCUUCAACAUCGACGAUACUGAUGAGCAAGCGCAGCUCGCCCAGCUGCAAUCCAUGUACACCAAAACUUGGGCAGACCUAUCCGCUCACCCUCAAUUCGCCUCUUUAUGCUCACUAGACAGUCCCGUAGCCGGCCUGCUGCUCGGCUGGAUUUCUUCAUCUCAUGAUACAGAGCUUCAGAUAGCAGCUUGCCUGGCCUUCGGUAACAUCGCUCGUACCGACGCUCAGAGUAUCGCCUUAGUACAGGACAUGUCUGUGCAUAAGUCGAUAAUCCCCAUCCUAUCCUCCGACUCGGAAACAGAUGCUCAGCUGCUCCAUUGCGCUCUUAGCUUCUUGAAGAACUUAUCCAUCCCCUCGAGCAACAAAGCCGUACUAGGUGGUGCGGGCUUACUGGACCCCAACGUUCUGCCUCGGAUAUGGAAUCUAGACACGCAGCCGCAAGUCCAAUUCGACGCCGUGUCUCUCACACGUAUCCUCCUUGUUAACUGCCCCGAAAACGUGCGACGUGUCUGUGUGGCCUCAAACACGCAAGACAAGACCCCUAUACAACAGUUAAUAGACCUACACCACAAGGCCGAUCAGGAGCCUACUAAGAUGGAAACGGCCCGCGCCGUAGCCGGCGUCUGCCGCGUCCUGCACUCCGACAAACCGGCCGGGUCUUCACUCCUCCCCGAAUCAUCGCCCUCGCCUGCUUCCGAAGAUGAGGUCAGCUCGCCCCUGCGGGGUUUUUACAGCAAGCAUCCCGCUCUACCAGACACACUGCUAUAUCUCGGUCUACAGACCAAAUUCCCUGUCUUACGAUCAGACCUAUGGUUCGUUCUCGCACUCAUGGCGCGCUCCACCGAAGGAUUUGCCAUUGUAAAACAAGCUAUACUACAACACCCCGAACUGAAAGAUCUCCUCGCAGCGGCUGUCGCAGGUGAGCGUGGGGCUAAUCAAGAGGCGGGUAGUAAUCCACCUGUAGGGAACGGGUUAGAUCUCUCGGCGAUAGGCCAGCUGGAGCCGCAGCAAGUAGACCCAAAGAAGGCCGCAGCUAUGACCAAGGUAGAUCGAGAAAACGCCCUGGUACUAAUUGCUGAGCUGGCGAAGAGUGGUCCGGACGCGCUUCCCUCCGACGUGAGGGAUGUGUUUGUCCAGAUGCUGAAAACGGGCGGGCAGCUGGUACUCGGCGAUAGAAACGAGAAGGUCGAAUCCGCGACCAGUCAGUAAGGUCGUCUCAAGUCCAGCCGGUUAGUGCCAGAGUUAGAUUUGAAGUAUUGUAGGUAUGCGAACCGUUCAGAGUAUAGCAUCUCGAUAUAUAAAAUCAAUUAUGCGAGGU